GUUGCUUCAUAUGUUAUCACAGUUCCAAAACAGAGAUGGGAGUUUCCUGUUCUUCCUUGGGGGACAUGUGGGGCUACAUAUCUUUAGGUUUCUUCAAGCAGAUAACUAAGGCUGGUGAGAUUGGGUCCUCGACUAUGCCUCAUAAAGUAAAUCCCAUUGAUUUUGAAAAUAGUGAGGGCAAUCUUGGGAAGGCUAAUGGAGGUCUAUCCCAUUUAAGCAUAAAAUUACCUAUUUCUCAUUGGCAGGCUAGCAUGCGUGGAAUGGUUGCACGUGAUGAGCAUCGCUUCAGAAGGCAGAUUGCUUUUUAUGGAAAGCUUCCAUUGCUGUAUUCUCUUAGACUACUUGACUACAUGAAUUGUGCAUUUGGAUGUAUUAGUAGGAACUCCAACAAUUUCUUUUUACACUAGCUUUUGUUCAACUGAGUUCUUUAAAAUUACCAUACUAUAAGCAUUUAUAAUAAUGUUUUUCUUUUGCA